AUGGGCAACCAUUGGGGUAUCAGCACUCUGCUGGCAUCAACUUGUGCUCUUCUGGUAACGGCGCAAGACAGCGACUCCGUCUUCAGCAAAGCUUCCAACGACUCCCUCUUAUGGGGACCAUACCGACCGAACGUCUACUUUGGCAUCCGACCUCGACUUCCUAAAUCCGUGUUGACGGGACUUCUCUGGGCCCGCGUAGAAGACUACCAAACUGUUCAGGACAGAUGUCGAUACACGUGCGAACAACACGCUGGAAUGACAGGAUAUGGGUGGAACUCCUACGAUCCGAGGACGGGAGGUGUGCAGACGAUACAUGAUCAAGAGAAUGGAGUUGAUAUUGAGACGAGCUUUGUCAAGUUUGAUGAGGGUCGAGGUGGGUGGGGAGCGAGAAUCAAGGGCACAAUAAGAGACGAUGCUCCUCCAAUACAAGGAUCGUUUGGAGAGCACAAGACGGCAGUAUGGUUUACCAUAAGUGCGGAAGGGCUCGGAAGUGCGGAGGCUCAAGAUGCUGAGGAUGCUGAGGCACUUGGAUACACUGGCGACGUUGUGUUCAACGGUCAAUCGCCCAGCGUGGGAGAGUAUAAAAUCACUGUUUCCGAGUCGAAGAACUCGCAUCAUCCGGAUCAUACCCACCCUUCGUACAAGGACAAGCCAUUGGAGAACACCCUUGUGCAGUCACUGCAAGUACCCGAAGAAGCUCUGUGGCAGUCAAAAGGCGUUCUAUUUCAAUCGAUGAAGGUCACUCUCGAUGGCUACCUUGAACAGUAUGGUCAAGAAAAGAUGCCUCCGCCAUGGCAGACUUACACGAUCCAGAACAAGCCUGGUCGGGGUAACAUGCACUUAGUACAGAAGACCUUCGCCGGGUCGUUCGAGUUUGAUGUACUGUUUGCUCCUGGCAAUGUGGACAAGGCUCCAACCUCCGAAGACAUAACUUCGACCCUCAAAGCAACGAUUUCAUCGUUCAGCGAGAAGUUUGUGGAUGUGCUCAAACCACAAGCGCCGUUCAACGACAAGAAGUACCUUGGAUUCAGCAAGAGUCUGUUUAGCAACUUGAUCGGCGGCAUUGGCUACUUUCACGGAGAUCAAGUUAUCGACCGAUCAUAUGCUGAUGAGUACGAAGAGGAGAACGAAGGAUUCUGGAAAGAUGCAGCGGAAGCGAGAGCUCGUAACCUGCAAAAGACUGAAGGUCCUUACGAGUUGUUCACAUCGGUCCCGUCUCGGCCAUUCUUCCCGCGUGGCUUCCUUUGGGACGAAGGGUUCCAUCUUCUCCCUAUCCUGGACUGGGACGCCGAAGUUGUGAUGCAAAUUGUGAGCUCCUGGUUCAAUACCAUGGACGAAGAUGGCUGGAUUCCACGAGAGCAGAUCCUCGGUCACGAGGCGAGGAGCAAAGUCCCAGCGGAAUUCCAAGUACAAUACCCGCACUACGCUAAUCCACCAACGCUUUUCAUGGCUCUAGAGUCGCUCCUCGACAAACUCGACGGCAAGUCCGGAGCUGGCUCGACCUUGAACGAGCAAGUCCACGAGAACCCUGCUGGCAACGUCCUCGCCAACCCAGAAACGAUCAAAGUCUGGCUCACUCAACUCUACCCUCUCCUACAACGCAACUUUAACUGGUAUCGCCGCACCCAAGCUGGUGACCUGAAGUCCUACGACCGCGAAGCCUUCAGCUCAAAGGAAGCCUACCGGUGGCGCGGCCGCGAUACCCGUCACAUUCUCACUUCCGGUCUGGACGACUACCCUCGCGCACAGCCUCCUCAUCCCGGUGAGCUGCACGUCGAUCUGAUCAGCUGGAUGGGAUUGAUGAGCCGCAACAUCCGACGUAUUGCCAAUUUCCUCGGCGAAGACGAAGACGAACGGAAGUACGCCAAGAUUGAGGAAGCCAUUAGUCGCAACGUCGGCGACUUGCACUGGUCGGCCAAGGACAAAGCAUAUUGCGAUGCGACGAUCGAUGCCUUCGAAGAGAGUGUACAUGUUUGCCAUAAAGGGUACAUUAGCUUGUUCCCGUUCAUGACAGGGUUGGUGGGUCCGGAGAACGAGCAUUUGAAAGAUGUGCUCGACUUGAUCGCAGAUGAGGAAGAAUUGUGGAGCCCGCAUGGUAUCCGCAGUCUGAGCAAGAAGGAUGCGUUUUAUGGGACCGAGGAGAACUAUUGGAGGAGUCCGGUGUGGAUGAACAUGAACUAUUUGAUCGUGAAGGAGUUAUAUAAUAUCGCCCAACAACCCGGCCCGGAGAAGAAGCGUGCUGCGGAGCUGUACUCUUCGCUAAGGGUCAACCUUGUGGACACUGUCUACAAGUCGUGGAAGGAGACUGGCUUCGCGUGGGAGCAGUACAACCCUGAAUCGGGUGCUGGACAGAGGACGCAGCAUUUCACGGGUUGGACAAGUUUGGUGGUCAAGAUCAUGGCGAUGCCGGAUCUUGAGGGAGUUCAGAAGGGUGGCCAUCACGAUGAAUUGUGA